AUGAAAUUUGACCUUCCCAACAUCAUCAAAAGAAGAGAAGAUUUGGAUCAACUCACGGCACCUUUCUCAAGGCAAGAAAUUGACAAUGCCAUAAAAGAAAUGCCAGCUGAUAGAGCGCCUGGCCCGGACGGUUUCAUGGGGCAUUUCAUUAAAUCUUGCUGGCACAUUAUUAAGGAGGACUUCUAUAGGCUGUGUGACCAGUUCCAUGAAGGGACUCUAAAUUUGGAAAGCAUCAAUGAAGGCUUCAUCACUCUCAUACCUAAGGUUUACUCACCUGAAACAGUAAAUGAUUUUCGGCCUAUCACUCUUUUAAAUUGCUGUCUCAAAGUGAUAACUAAGCUUCUUGCCAACCGUCUACAAAAGAUCAUUCUAAAAAUAGUUCAUCACAAUCAAUAUGGUUUCAUUAAGCGAAGAACUAUACAAGACUGUCUCGCUUGGGCCUUUGAAUAUAUCCACCAGUUUCAAACCUCCAAGCAAAAAAUCGUACUUCUCAAGCUUGAUUUCGCUAAAGCUUUUGAUACAAUACAACACGGUGCUAUGCUUCAAAUUAUGAAACAUAUGGGAUUCAUCGAUAAAUGGCUGUCUUGGAUCAAAAACAUAUUCUCCUCCAUUGGACUCAAAAUAAACUUUCAUAAAUCAACACUUAUACCAAUAAACUGCGAUGAUGAUCUUACAAGUGAGCUAGCUGGUAUUUUUGAAUGUACGAUUGGAAACAUGCCUUUCACUUACCUUGGCCUACCCCUUCGCACUAAUAAACCCUCCAUUCAAGACUUAAUGCCACUGGUGUGCUCUGUUGAACGAAGAAUGACUUCUACUUUGGCGAUGAUGUCGUACGGAGCAAAGCUGUCUUUGGUAAACACAGUCAUCACCUCACUUACUAUCUUCGCCUUAUGCACGUUGAAGUUUCCCCCCAAAAUUUUGGAGCUACUUGAUAAGAUUCGUCGGAAAUGUUGGUCUACUUACUACUCAGACAAGAUACCACAUGCUUCCGACCCUUGUGGCUCAUUUUGGUGGCGAGAUGUUCUUAAAUUAACUCCAAUCUAUCGUGGCAUAUCCAAAGUGGAGAUUUACCGUGGCGACAAAGUACUCAUGUGGAAGGAUUUAUGGCUUGAAGAUAUCUUAUCUGACUCUCACCCAAGGGCCUUCUCCUUUGCUCGAAAUGAAGAUAUAUCCGUGCAACAAUUUCUCACUAUCACCUCCCUCGACGAGGCGUUCCACCUUCCUUUAUCCAUGCAAGCGCGUGAUGAGGUCAGAAAUAUUCAACACCUUGUUGCCCACGUCACCUUAGACAAUGGUCACAACAUAAAGGAUGUUUGGUCUUAUAUCUGGGGGACAACUGAAUAUGCUGCUAGAAGGUUCUAUAAAUUCUGCUUCAGAAAUGUCAAAGCUCACAAAACGUACCAUUGGUUGUGGAAAUCAAAAGUUACAGUCAAGAUAAAAGUCUUUGGCUGGCUUCUCCUCUCUGAUCGCCUCAAUACUAGAGACAUGCUCAAGCGAAGGCACUAUAAUGUUGGAGACGAUCUAAGCUGCCUCCUCUGUGGUCAUGCCCAAGAGGAUGUUGAUCACAUGAUCCUCAACUGUCCAUUUAGUAAACAUUGCUGGUCCAGACUUGGGAUGAAUCCAGAACAACAUACCACGCGACUACCCUGGUUGGAAACGGCCAAGAAAAACUGGAAUAAACCUAUGUUCAUGGAGGCAUUCAUUCAGGCAUCUUGGAGUAUUUGGAAGGAGAGGAAUGACAAACUAUUCAGACAAAUCAACCCCUCCUACAACUCUUGGCUAGAUAGAUUUAAAACAGAUUUUGGUCUUCUUCAAUAUAGGGUCAAAGAAAAUAUGAAGGACUUCAUUUUCCUUUUGUUAGACUCCCUUCCUUCUGACUAG